AUGUUCGACAGUGGGAACGAAGGUAAUAAUGAAAAUGUACCACUUUUAAUCGAUCAUCUUUCUCCUACAACAGAAUAUGAUUCCACCGAACCAAGACGUGAAGAAGUAUAUAUGGAUCAAGGUAGAGAAGAGAGUGCCCAUCUGCAUGAAGAGAUUUGUGUGGAACCCACACAGCCAGCAACUAAUGCACCGAAUUCAGUGGUUCAGACUGGUCCAAGUGUUACAUGUCGAGUUUGUUCAACCACAAUUAUUAUUGGAGAAAAAAGUAAUCAGCAUGUCGUGAAAUGUACACAAUGCCAAGAAGCAACACCGAUACGUGCAGCGCCUCCAGGUAAAAAAUAUGUGAGAUGUCCGUGCAAUUGCCUCUUGCUUUGUAGAGCUGCUUCAAAUCGUAUUGCUUGUCCUCGUCGAAAUUGUCAACGAGUAAUUACUUUAAGUGCAACGCAACCUCCUGGCGCGUCGAUUCGUGCACCAGCUGGCACUCAAAGAGUUAACUGUGGUCAUUGUGAUGGUGAAUUUGUCUUUAAUACAAUGAACAAUACUGCUGCGAAAUGUCCACAUUGUAAAAAAGUGUCAUCUGUUGGUGAACCGUAUGCACAUAAUCGUGCUCUUUUAUCCGCUGUUAUUUCAAUUAUUGCUGUGCUAUUUGGAAUCGGUUUUUUGUUGGGAACGUUGCUGUUGGUCAAGAGAAGUUGGAUUUUUUAUGCUUUAUGGGUCAUACCGUUUGUAAUUUCUAGCUUAUUCUUCAUACGUUUUCUUUAUUAUAAGAGGAUGAAAAUAAGUUAUGUAAUAGGUCCAUAUUAA